GUUAAUUUAUGAAGAUGAUGAUGAUGAUGCGCAACAUGGGAGAAUUUAGGAACGCUCACAGUCGGAGACAUGAAAUAUGAUGGGUUUGCGAGCCCUCGCUCCUCGGCCCAAUCAUCAGCGCACUUGCGAUUAAAACACUUGCGAUUAAAACACCAACCCCAAUCGGAAUCUUGGAUUCCUUUCAAUGGAUGAAAGUAUGGCUGCUUAUUACCCACCACCACCGCCCGGUCACUACCCCACCUACUACCAACCCCCACCACCACCUCUGCCGGCGCCUGCUCCUGCUCCACCGCCGCCGCCACCUCCUCCAUAUAUCCCUCAGCCACAGCCACAUCAGCCUUUUGCCUCCUACGCCCUUCCCUAUACCCCGCAUGCCACUCACGAUCUGGUACGUACGCUUUUCGUGGCGGGUCUACCAGAGGACGUCAAGCCUCGCGAAAUCUACAAUCUUUUCCGGGAAUUCCCUGGUUACGAGUCUUCUCAUCUCCGAAGCCCUACCCAGACUUCUCAGCCAUUCGCCUUUGCUACGUUCACGGAUCAACCAUCUGCAGUUGCAGCUAUGCAUGCACUGAAUGGGAUGGUUUUUGAUCUUGAGAAGGGUUCAACCCUAUAUAUUGACCUUGCAAAAUCUAAUUCCAGAUCUAAGCGCUCAAGAACAGAAUUAGAUGAUGAAUGGUCUGGCUUGGAUAAGAAAGCUAAAGCUUCUCCUGCAAUAGCACGUGGUACUCUUGAUUCAGCAGGUUUUGGCAGCGUCCACUUGCCUGGAAUGGGUAAUUCUGCUUACAACACGAUUGGUUAUCCAUCUGCACAAAGUCAUGGGAACUUUGAUGGCCGAGCUGUAAGUGAGUCAACAGGGGCAAAUUUGACUAAUUCUUCAUCACCCCCAUGUCCGACACUUUUUGUGGCUAAUCUGGGACCAAAUUGUACAGAGCAAGAACUAAUUCAAGUAUUUUCAAGAUGUCCUGGGUUUUUGAAAUUGAAGAUGCAAAGCACUUAUGGGUCUCCAGUUGCAUUUGUUGAUUUCCAGGAUACUUCCUGUUCAACUGGGGCACUAAAUCAUCUGCAAGGCACAAUUCUCUACUCAUCAUCGACAGGUGAAGGCAUGCGAUUAGAAUAUGCAAAAUCUCGGAUGGGAAUGCGAAGGAAGCCAAGGUAAAUUAGACAAAAAUGUAAAAGGGUUCUUGGUUGUUGAGCAUGCAAUCCAAUCAGUUGGAUGCACUUUAUAGAAUUCUUGUACCAACAAUAUGUUCUGAGUGUCACUUGAACUAUUUAUAAAUCAUUAAUUUCCUAGAUUUAAAAUGAA